AUGAGCGCACAGGGAGAGGAGCAGCAGGACCGGGCCAUCGUCAGAAUCGCCGCUCACCUGCCGGACCUCAUCGUCUAUGGAGACUUCUGUCCCGAGCGGCCCUCUGUGGAUUAUUUUGACGGAGUCUUGAUGUUUGUUGAUAUUUCAGGUUUCACGGCGAUGACUGAGAAGUUCAGUACAGCCAUGUACAUGGACCGAGGGGCAGAGCAGCUGGUGGAGAUCCUCAACCACUACAUCAGCGCAAUAGUGGAGAAGGUGUUGAUUUUUGGAGGAGACAUCUUAAAAUUUGCAGGUGAUGCACUUCUUGCCCUGUGGAAGGUGGAGCGAAAGCAACUGAAAAACAUGAUCACGGUGGUAGUUAAAUGUAGCCUGGAGAUCCACGAGCUGUUUGGGACCCAGGAGUUAGAAGGCCUGGACAUCCGAGUCAAGAUAGGACUGGCUGCGGGCCACAUCACCAUGUUGGUCUUCGGAGACGAGAAACGCAACUUCUUCCUGGUGACUGGCCAGACGGUGGAUGACGUGCGCCUAGCACAGAACAUGGCGCAGAUGAACGAUGUCAUUCUGUCACCGAACUGCUGGCAGCUCUGCGACCGGAGCAUGAUUGAGAUUGAGAGGAUCCCAGACCAGAGAGCAGUUAAGGUUAAUUUCUUAAAACUACCCCCUACUUUUAACUUUGAUGAAUUUUUCACGAAGUGUAUGACUUUCAUGGAUUAUUAUCCUUCUGGAGACCACAAAAACCUCCUGAGGCUUGCCUGCAUGCUGGAGUCUGACCCUGAACUGGAGUCUUCCCUACAAAAGUAUGUGAUGGAAAGCAUAUCAAAACAGAUUGAUGACAAACAGCUUCGGGGUUAUUUGUCUGAGCUCCGCCCAGUGACCAUUGUGUUUGUGAACCUGGUAUUUAAGGACCAAGACAAAGCCGAAGUCAUAGGCUCGUCCAUCCAGGAUGCCUCCGUGCACAUCAAUUCUGUCCUGAGGGACUUCCGAGGCCAAAUCAAUAAAGUUUUCAUGUUUGACAAGGGCUGCUCCUUCCUCUGUGUCUUUGGUUUCCCCGGGGAAAAGGCACCUGAUGAGGUCACUCAUGCCUUAGAAAGUGCUGUGGAGAUAUUCGACUUCUGCUCUCAGGUCCACAAAGUCCAUACCGUUUCCAUCGGCGUGGCCAGCGGGACUGUCUUCUGUGGCAUCGUGGGACACUCUGUGAGGCACGAGUACACAGUCAUUGGCCAAAAAGUCAACAUAGCUGCCAGAAUGAUGAUGUACUACCCAGGAAUCGUGACUUGUGACUCCGUCACCUACAAUAGCAGCAACCUACCAGCCUACUUUUUCAAAGAGCUUCCGAAGAAAGUCAUGAAAGGUGUUGCAGAUUCUGGACCAAUCUAUCAGUGCCUGGGCCUCAACGAGAAAGUCAUGUUUGGUAUGGCCUACCUCAUCUGCAACAGGAAUGAGGCUUACCCUCUGCUCGGACGUGAGAAGGAGCUGAAAUACUUUAGGUGCAAUAUGAAGGAAUUUCUGAUGUCCAACUGCAGCCGCAUCCUCAUGUACGAAGGCUUGUCGGGCUACGGAAAAAGCCAGAUACUCAUGGAGAUUGAGUACCUGUCCCAAGGUGAGAACCACAGGACUAUUGCUAUUGCCUUGACUAAGAUCAGCUUCCAUCAAACUUUUUAUACCAUCCAGAUACUCAUGGCCAAUGUCUUAGGUCUGGAUGCUUGUAAACACUACAAGGAACGACAGACCAACAUUGAAAAUAAAGUCAAGACACUGUUGGAUGAGAAAUUCCAUUGUAUCUUUAAUGACAUUUUCCAUGUCCAGUUCCCUACCUCACGAGAGGUGUCCAAGAUGAGCAUCUUGAGAAAGCAAAAGCAGCUGGAAGCAUUGUUUAUGAAGAUCUUGGAGAAAACAGUGAAACAGGAAAGGAUUAUUUUCAUCAUCGAUGAGGCCCAGUUUGUGGACAAGACCUCCUGGGCCUUUCUGGAGAAGCUUAUCCAGAACGUCCCUAUCUUCAUCAUCAUGUCCCUGUCUCCGUUCCUCGACGUGCCCUGUGAAGCUGCCAGCGCCAUAAUAAAGAACAGGAACACCACCUACAUCACCAUCGGCGCCGUGCAGCCCGGCGACAUCCGCAACAAGGUCUGCCUGGACCUCAAUGUCAAGGGCAUCCCCAAAGAACUGGACUUGUACCUAGUGGAGGGAAGCUGUGGGAUCCCCUUUUACUGCGAAGAAUUGCUGAAAAACCUUGACCAGCACAGGGUGCUUGUUUUCCAACCGAUGGAGUCUGAGGAAAAGGCAAACGUGACCUGGAAUAACCUGUUCAAGAAUGUUGCUAAGCCAACGGAGCUGUUAAGACCAUUUACUCUCGGUGAUGAUGGAGGUGAGGAAGUCUGCAAACUCGCCAGUGGUGUCAGAUUGAAGAACUUGUCUCCACCAGCAUCACUAAAAGAAAUCUCUCUGGUCCAGCUGGAUAGCAUGAGCCUCUCCCACCAGAUGUUGGUAAGAUGUGCGGCCAUCAUUGGCCUGACCUUUACUACGGAGUUGUUGUUCGAGAUUCUCCCGUGUUGGAACAUGAAGAGGAUGAUCAACGCCCUGGCGACUCUUGUGGAAUCCAACAUCUUUGAUUGUUUCCGGAAUGGCAAGGAGCUCCGGAAGGCUCUAAAGCAGAAUUCCGCCUCGUUUGAGGUGCAUCAUCGCUCCUUGUCUCUGAAGCCCGUUGAAGGACAGGCUCACAGGGAGAGCGAAGCGCUUCAUGAACAGGAGAGCGAGGUCAUUGAGUGCCACAUCAUUCGGUUCUGCAGGCCGAUGAUGCAGAAAACAGCCUACGAGCUGUGGCUGAAGGACCAGAAGGUGGACAUGCACUUGAAAUGUGCCCGCUUCUUAGAAGAAAAUGCCCACAGGUGCGACCAGUGCCACAGUGGGGACUUCAUCCCCUAUCACCAUUUCACAGUGGACAUUCGGCUCAACUCUUUGGACAUGGACUCCAUCAAGAAGAUGGCCAAAUCCCAGGGAUUUAAAACUGAAGAAGAUGUGAUGAACGACAACAAAAGCUAUACUGUUUCUGCGUGUAAUUCCUCCUCUUUAUUUCUGCAUUUGGACAGUUUCGAAGAAAUAAAAGAAAGGAUCCUGAAUUUCUUUGACAUCAUUAUAGCAAAAAUGAGGCCGUCUCAGGAAGACAUCAUCCCCUUGGAGUCGUGCCAGUGCGAGGAGAUCCUGGAGGUGGCCGUCAUGCCGCUGGCCUACCAUUUUCUGGCUCUGGGAGAGAACAGCAAAGCCUUGUAUUACUUCCUCGAGGCCGCGUCCGCGCAUCUCAUCUUGGAGGAUAACUACAUGGCAUACACAUAUUUGAAUGAGGGAGAGAGGUUGCUGAAAAUCCUCAAGAAAGAAAAGUCUUGGAGUCAUACUUUUGAGUCUGCCACCUUCUAUGGCCUCAAAGGUCAGGUCUGUUUUAACAUGGGCCAGAUGGUACUUGCCAAGAAAAUGCUGAAGAAGUCGCUGAAGCUCCUCAACCGAACUUUCCCUUUCAGCUUCAUCUCCAUGUUUUUCUAUAUCCAUGUUGAGAAAAACAAACAUCAUCGUUAUAUGAAUCAGCAGACCCCAGAGAGCUCUCCUCCAGGGAAGAAGCGGCUGGCGGAACUGCACCUGCAGGUCAACUGCUUCUCCCUGCUGUGGAAGAUCUACAGCUUGAACUACUUUUUUCACUACAAGUACUACGCCUACCUGGCAGCUCUGAUGGAAAUGAACACUGCCCUGGAAACACAAGAUGACUUCCAGAUCAUUAAGGCCUACCUGGACUACUCGCUGCAUGAGCAACUGGCCAGCCAGCACAUCAUGUGGUACAAGAACGAAAUCAUGGCCAUGGAGAUCAUCUUAAACCUCCCCCUGAAGGCCGAGGGCAUUGAGAUCAUGGCAUACAUGGCCGACACACUGGGCUGCAACAAGUACUUGAUGGGUCAUUUGGACUUGGCCAUUGACUUAGGCUCUCGGGCCCAGAAGAUGUGGGCACUGCUCCGGAAUCCCUACAAACAAUAUAAGGUCCUCUGCUGGCUCUGUACAAGUCUUCGCCUGAAAACCAAGUACAAGCAGCUGAUCCAGGUGCUGGGGUGGCUGUGGGACCUCUCUGUAUCGGAAGAGCACAUCAUCAGCAAGGCGUUCUUCUACUUAAUCUGCCUGGACACCAUGCUGUACUCUGGGUUUGUUUACAGGACGUUCAACGAGUGUCUGGCAUUCAUCCAGGAAAACGAGGACAACAGGAUCCUCAAGUUCCAGAGCGGGAUCCUCCUGGGACUGCACUCGGGUGUGGCGAUCUGGUAUGCCAGACUCCAGGAGUGGGACGACUUUCAGGUAUUUUUCAAUAAAGCUAAAAACCUAGUGCCAAGAAGGACGCCCACAGCUCUUUACUUCCACGGGGUCUGCAGGUACUUGGAGGCCCAAGUUCUGCACCUUCAGAAGCAAAUCGAAGGGCAGUCUGAGAGCGCGCAGGACAGCGGCGUUGAGCUGCUCAAGAACUUGGAGAGCACGGUGGCUCAGAACACCACGGGCCCCGUCUUCUUAUCGAGGAUGUACCACCUGAUGGCCUACGUGUGCAUACUCAUGGGCGACGGGCAGAACUGUGACCUCUUCCUGAACACAGCCUUGCAGCUCGCGGAGACCCACGGGAACGUGCUGGAGAUGGGCUGGCUGAACCUGAACAGAGAAUGGUGGUACUCAAACUCCGAGCUAGCCAAGGACCAGUGGACGCAGAUGGCCCUGAACCUCCCCUCGUGGGACAGUAUCAUAUCCGGCGACGUAAACGUGCAGGACAUUCAAAAAAACAAAUUCCUCAUGAAAGUGAACAUCCUGGACAAUCCUUUCUAAUGUUUCCUGAGAGAGGAGAGAUUUCAGUGACUCAUCUCCAUUCCCACCUUCCUCUGGCCAGCGCUCCGGGCCCCACACUCCCUCUUCUGCUCACAGAGCCAGGCCUGAUGGCUUCCUCCGCCCGGAACGUCCACCAGGGCCGCGGGCCAGUGCUCCCUUCUCCCGGCUCCACACGCAUCGCCUUCGCCUUUCACGCUGUAUUCACUCCCCCUGGU